CUGAAAAAUCGCCAGCGUUUUAAUUUUUUCACAAGGACCGCCACUAUCCACAUAGGAUAUUCAAAUGAUCUCUUUUUCGACGUGCAUGCCUGUCACUCAUGUGAUUGUAUGUGUAUAUAAGCCAUGGGCAGGUACGUGUUGAAGGCUUUCCGAGCAGAUUUGAAAGACGAUACCUAAAGUACCAGAUAUGGCCACAUCUCCUGCAAGUCAGACAAAUGGCAUGGAAUCUGGUGGUGCAGCACCAUUUCAUGACAUAUUUACGAAGACCUCUGAUGCCACAGAGACCGAAAAGUUACCUGAAUCAUUUAGCAUACUCCUGGGUAUUAAAGAAAGGCCGGGAAAGAUCGAAAAGUAUCAGCUGAAGCGGCACAAAAGGAUUAAAAGAGCAAAAUGUUACGGCAGUGUUCUUGCCUACCCUUGUGGAAUGUUUGUGGUGGCAGCCGGAGCUGUUGCACUUUGGGAAGGGGGAGUGACCCUUUUUGUUCUAGGGAGCGGAUUGCUACUCUUUGGAAUUGGAAGACUGCUCACUGCUAGGGCAUCAUUUGCUGAGUGCAGAAUAGAAAUACAAAGAAAAGGAGUCCUGCAGACAGAAUGGAAGACAUUUUUCCAGCGCAUUGUUGCGGCGAUUUUUCGAGAACUUCCAGAAGAAAGUUCGCAGAUUAAAGGAAAGCUACGUAAAGUGGCAGUGGAUCUUAACCAUCAACAAAAAAAUGUUGAAAUUUGUAACCUGACUGGAAGUGUUAUUGCAACGAUUGGAGGAAUAAUUGCUGCAGUUGCUGCAGUCGCUGCAGGCCAGACUUAUGGAGUGGCUUUACCUGUUGUUGCUGCUGCAAUGAUUGUAUGUGAAGUCGGAGCACUGGUCUUUGCUACAGCGUCUAUUGCUCAACUCCGAUCUAAAGCAUCUUUGGCGGAUGGAAUUGUUCAAAUAUGCAAUUUUACUGAAAUGGAAAGACUUCAUGAACUGACUGCGAAAAAGGAGGAUAUUGGAAUCAAUGUGCUAUGUCUUCACAAACAUUACAAGGAUGCCAGGAGAACCGAACUGGCUGGCAGUGCUUUUGAAUUCAUUGCAGGAUUUGUUAUAGUGGUAUCCGGAGCUGUUGCAAUAUGGACUCGUGGACUAGGAACAAUUCUGUUUGGUGCUGGGCUGAUUGUGUUUGGGGCUGCUGUAGCUUUGGCUGCUGGAGCAUCUUUCAGUGCGGGCAUCUUUGGGAGACGCAAAAAAGUACAGUUAUUAAAGGAUUGGAAAGUAUGGAGAAAACUGAUCUAUCAAAUGGAAAUGACCAAAUUACGUGACGUGGAACAGAAAUCACAGGAUUUGGCCAGAAAACUUGAAGAAGUUGCAAGUGAACUUGACAGAUUGAAGAGUGCUUGCGAAACGGCCGAAAAGGUCAAAAUGGCCGAAAAGGUCGAGGAAAGCAAGUCAUUGCUUGAAGAUAGGGUAAAGAAGGCCAUGUUAAAUGACAUGGAACAAAAAUCAAGGGACAUGGUCAGCAAACUUGAAGAAGCUGCAAAGAAGAUUGACAGCUGGAAAGGUACUUGCGAUAAGGUCAAAACUGCUGGAAAAGGCUUUUCGUUUUUGGGAUCUGUUGUUGCAGUAGCUGGUGUCGUCGGUACAGUGGUUACUGGUGGUGCGCUCCCACUUGCUGCUGCUGCUGCUGUCGGUGCGAUGGCAUACAAAGCCGGAGAAGUCCUCAGCAGCGGAGCAGAUGUAGCUCAGAAUACCGUAGAGCAAACAUUCCUUGAAUGUCUGCUGGAGGAGUGGAACGGAUUAUCCAAAAUCCUUAGUCGCGAAAUGGAAGUUCUGCGCAGUAAGGCCAAAGACUUAAACUCGGAGCUGGAAACAAAUUUAACCGAUGCUUUCCAGAGUAUUGCAUCGACAGUUUUCAAUAUUAAGGCUGUAUUGACAGGAGAAAAUUCAGGGGAGGUAACAAGCCACAAGGAUACCGACAAACCAACAACAUCUGCAGGUUUGAGAGAAGUAGUUGCCUCUCAAGUCAGUCAGAUUUCUAUUGAUUUUCGCAACUUUGUGAAAUCAAUGGCUGAGAUUAGCUACGAUAGAAAGUCUCAGUUUGCAAUGAUGCUUCGUAGGCUUGCUCGUGAUCUUCAGAUUCUUUCUCCUUUGAUGAUCAGAGUUAACGAAGAGCUUUAUUCUCGUACCUUAAAAAAAUUAAAUAUUGUUCAGUAAGUCCGCGAUUUUUCUAACUCUUUAAAAUUGCUUGCACAUUUGAAACAUCUCUUAAAGUAGAUGUCUUUAGAAACUAAUGAAAAGAAGCAAAAGUAGCUGCAUAACAGCUAUAAAUUCUGUUUUGCUGAUAAAACUGUCUUUUUUAAACUUGAGUCACACUCAGAUAAGUACUUUUACAAGUAAGACUGUCAGCAAAUGUAUAAAAUGUAUAUUACACUUCUUUGCUCUUACCACACGUGCAUCUCACACAAUCCAACCCUUAUGGCUCACAUAGCUAUAUACCUUAUAGCUAUAUAUCUUACUUAAUAUUUAUAUUAAUAUAUCCACCUUACAUCCACCGCUAAACGUUUCCUUAUUAUAGUGACAAGCAAAUGCAAAGCAACUACUGUAAUUCUAAUUUAUGAACAUUGUUGCUUAUCUUAUUGCUAAAAGUAUGUAUAUAACCUUUAUUUACUCUUAUAUCAGUUAAUCGAAUAUAUAUUGCUAUAUUUUUCUACGUUUAAUUGUUUGUAAAGGUAACACUGUGUAAAAGUAUUUAUUAUAAGAUUAAUUCAUUGUACAGUAUUUUUGUAGGUUUUGCUAAAAGCUCUUUAGAGACUAGCAUCAUCGUAUCAAAUGACUUUAUGUCUCCCUUUAAUCAGGAAAUGUGAUAUUAAAACGAGAUGACAAAUCCUACUCUUUAAAAACUCAGUUGGUUGACGAUUUUAGAACAUCCUGGAAGCAUUUUAAGUAUUUAUUGCUGUUUUUGACAUUUCUUAAAGACAACUUUUUAUAGUAUUUUUGUAAACUUAUUUUUCCAGUUAACGUUUACGUGCUUGUAAAGAAUGUGCCCUACAAUAUUAACUUAUUAACUAAUCAAAAUUAUUUUCUUUAUCAUUUAAGUCUUGUAUUGCUUAUUUAACCUUAGCUACUUCAGCAAACAUGAAUUUAGUUUUUCAAUUGUCUAAAUUCUAAACGGUUUCCACCUAUUCUAAAACAUUUGUUGUCAGAUGAGGAAAUUUUAAUCAGAUUUCUAAUGUGAAGUAGUUAAAAUUUCCUGUAGGCGUAAGGUUCAUUGGUCUUUAAAGAUAAAUGAGACUAGCAAAAGUAUUAUCAAAUUAGUCUUCUACUUUCUAUUUUCCAACACAGCGAAUGCAAAGUUCUAAUGUGGGCAUUCUUCUUCAUUGUACACAAAAGACAAAAGCAGAGAAAUGUUAACAAUUUGCAGCGAAAUGCUGGCAACAUCAAAGAGACAAAAUCUUGCAGAGCUUAAUGAUUCUCUUGACAUCGUAUUUUUAAAAUAGUAAUUUAUUUCCAUUGUUUUAUAAUUGUGUCUAUGUGUGUAUUUAUGUACACAAGUUUCUGCUUAUUGAGUGUACUAUAUAAGUAUAUUAUUAACUAAAUCCUUUUUUUCGUUUAAUAUGCAGACUUUUUUAUAUUCAAAUUUGAAGGAUACUGUAACAGCUUUUUAUUUUAUAUAUAAUGGCUAGUUUAUAUAUAUUUUUGUAUUUGGUGUUUUUGCAUGACAGGAUGUAACAACAAACAAAAAAGCUUACACAGUCUACUUUAAAUCUAAAUAUUCUCCCUAACAUUCUUCUUUAAAUAAAUACUAUUUUUCAUGCACUAUCAUGGAGGUGAUAUGAAGGCAGUAACGGCAAGCGAGCGAACAGACGUUUUAAUAACACCAGAAAGACUGGCUGACUACUGCUAUUACUACUACUACUACUAAUAAUAACAACAACAGCACUUUGACAAAAGCGACACCAUGUAGGUUAGUAGACUUCACAACACAAUGUCACCAUAGAAAAACUCCAUUUGUUGUACAGAAACUAAACAAGUAAGACAACGGUGUUACGCAGAUCAACAUUUCAGGUCUUACACAGUAAAGGGGAGGGGAAGAAAGAUUUAUCUGAUCACUUUAAGUUUUAGGGCACCUGGAUUCCAAUUCUUUCUCUAGAUGUUUUGUUAGAAAAGGCACAGACAGGCACACAAAGCACCGGCGACACUGUUGAAACAAAAGAUGGCGGUAAGUGCCUCUUUCGUCUCUAUUCUGACCGGACUACAGACUACAACCACCCGCCUCUCCCAAAGUGAUGUCCAUUAAGGACGACCAAUUCGGGAACAGAUGCUAAACACAAUUGAUCCUAUCCCCACACAUACACACGCACAAACCUUAAAAUGCUGAGAAUGAAUUGUUCCAGAGUAGACUAGACCAUUUUCUGUCAAUGUGUGUGCGUGUGUGUUCCCCGCGCGCGCGUCCACCUCUGCGCGUGUGUAUUGUAUAUAAUUAAUCUCUGCUUCUAAUGUCCCUCAGGUUGCUUCUUGUCGCUACUUCAGCUGUUAGUUUUUUUUUAACUUUCGGUCUACUGUCAAUUGAAUUA